AUGUCGGGAGCUUACGAGCAGGCACAGGAGAUCAAGAAGGCUUCACCGGAGGAGAAAGAGGAGCUUGAGCAGCGAGUGAAGGAGGGGGAGACCGUGGUCCAGGGGGGCACUGGAGGAAAAUCUCUGGAAGCUCAAAUCCACCUUGCCGAAGGGAGGGCCAAGGGAGGGCGCUCACGAGCGGAGGAUCUAGGGCGGGAGGGGUACCAGGAGAUGGGACGCAAGGGAGGAUUGUCUACCAUGGAGAAGAGCGGCGAGGAGGCUGCCAAGGAGCAGGGCAUUGAGAUUGACGAGUCCAAGUACCGCACACAGCCCAAGGAGUAG